GGUUCUACAUUACCAACUUCUGAACAAAUAGAAACAAUUAGAACGCUCAAGGGAAAGGUUCCUAAAUAUAGAAUAAUAAGAGAUUUCCAUAUCAAUGAGAAUCGGGUUAAAGAUAUAUGGGAGAGUCAUGAAUUUAAUAUUGACCAUGCCAGUUCCGCUGAUAACUUAACAAAAAAAAUAAGUGAAGAUACUAUGAAUGGCGAUAUUUUUAAUACAGAUAUAGUUACUCAGAUUGAACGAGAAAUAAAAAGAAAAGAUAAAAAUUUA